AUGAAAUUCGGGAAGCGUAUAAAAUCGAAUCUAUACGCGGAAUGGCAGGAAUACUAUUUAUCGUAUUCAGAGCUUAAGGAUUUCUUAAAGGCCAAUUCAGCAGAAUGGGAUCAAUCGAAGGAAGAAGACUUCAAAUCUGAGCUCAAGAGGCAGCUGGAGAAGAUAUAUGACUUCCAGAAGGCUAAGGUGUCAGAAUUAGCCCAUAGAAUAUCUUUCUCUGAACAAAUAAUCAACGAUUACAUCAGAACUGCUUCCCCGCAUUCAGAAAGACCACCGUCUAAUUCUGAUGAUUCGGAUGACAGCCGCGGCGAGCACAAUGACCACGAUCACCCAGACGAUGACAGCAGUGGUUACGAUUUGAGUAGAUUCGAAGAGCGCUUUAAGGAGCUCGAGGAUGAUCUCGCAGUCCUCGUUGCAGACGUUCACGACUUGGCCAACUACACCAAAUUGAAUUACACCGGUUUCAUUAAAAUAGUAAAGAAACACGAUAAGCAGACGGAAUUUAAAUUGCGUAGAGACUUCGUUAAAACUUUCCUCGAUGACAAGCCAUUCUACAAGGAAAACUACGAUUCACUCAUUAUACAGCUGUCUAGGUUGUUUGAAAUGGUUAGAACUCGUGGUAGACCUUUCCAAGGCGAUAGUGCUGCUGGUGGCACUCAAUCUGCUUUCGUUAGACAGACCACAAAGUACUGGGUCCAUGAGGAGAAUAUCGUUCCUUUGAAGCUAUUUGUACUCAAACACCUUCCGGUUCUCGUCUAUGAUCCAGAUAAGGAGUACUCCCCAGAAGAUUCAGCCAUUACCUCCAUCUACUAUGACAACCAAGACCUUGAAUUCUAUCUCGGUAGGCUUGAGAAGAACGAAGGCGCUGAAGCUAUCAGACUAAGAUGGUAUGGUGGUAUGGAUGUCAAACAAAUCUUUGUCGAACGUAAAACUCACAGAGAGGAUUGGACGGGUGAGAAGAGUGUAAAAGCUCGUUUUCCUGUUAAAGAAGACAUCGUUAACGCAUUCAUGUCUGGUGAGAUGACAAUGGAUCAAGUCUGGAAGGAUAUGAAGACUAAGGGCAAGAAAUCCGGCAAGGAAAUCGAGUCAAUGAGGCAACUGGCUGAGGAGGUGCAAUACACCGUUUUAACAAAACAAAUGCAGCCAGUGAUGAGAAGUUUCUACAACCGCACAGCUUUCCAAUUACCUGGUGACGCAAGAGUGCGUAUCUCGCUAGACACUGAACUUUCUCUCAUCAGAGAAGAUAACUGGGAUGGAAGACAACGUUCGGGUGAGAAUUGGAGAAGAAUGGAUAUUGGUAUUGACUAUCCAUUCAACCAACUCCCACCGGAAGAUAUAGAAAGAUUUCCUUACGCUGUUCUUGAAGUGAAACUGCAGACACAGAUGGGUCAAGAGCCACCUGAGUGGGUGAGACAGCUUGUUAAUAGCCAUUUAGUCGAGGCGGUGCCAAAAUUCUCUAAAUUCAUCCAUGGUUGCGCUAAAUUACUCGGCAACAGGGUGAAUUUGUUGCCAUUCUGGUUGCCACAGAUGGAUGUUGAUAUCCGCAAACCAGCAACUGGACACAUGAUGAUUGAGAGACCACAGACGUCUACACCGCACACACCAACAGAAACACCACCAGAAACACCACCAAAUCUCAGUGAGCAUGAAGAUGAUGAAGACAACAGCAAGCAUCACAAGAAGCUCAAGAGGAUUGAAUUAAUGAGGAAAGAGUCAAAACUUAAUGGCACAGAGGAUGACAUGGACGAUGGUGGAGAUAGAAUGAACCUGCCUGCCAGACACCACAGUGCAUAUAGAAUACCACAAAGCUACCAAGAAGAGCUAAUUAAGGCAGAAAAGGCGAGAGUCGAGAAUGUGCGUCGAGAAAAGAGCAGAAUGAAGGCAGUCAGACAAAGAUCAAUGUCACGAUUCGAUCAACAAGAGCCAGUGAAUGAUGACGUUGAGCACGGGAGAGAAAGCAGCAGUCUUAUCAGUGGAAGACGUCAGACGUCCAAGUAUGGCGGUACGGAUGAUAAUAGGGAAAAUUACCACACGAUACCAACACAAGUGAAGAAAGCAACACCACGUACUCUCAAGUCGUAUUUAUCGUGGUUCUUUAGGAAUGAUCAUAUUGAUUACACUUUCGACGACAGUGAUGAUGAAGAUGGCAAGGCGCUCGACGAAGAAACAGCGAACCGAGGUGAUGAUGUGGAGUAUGUUGAUACGUUUAGGGCAGAGAGUGGAAAGAAGAUAUGCGUACCAGUUAGAGUAGAACCAAAGGUAUACUUUGCUAAUGAGCGAACAUUUUUGAAAUGGUUGCAGUUCUCCGUGUUGAUUUCGACAAUAGCAGUUGCGCUGGUUAAUUUCACAUCAACAGCUGAUAGAACAGGCGUGAUAAGUGCGGCGUUGUUCACAUUUGCUGCACUCGCUUCGAUAGCAUAUUCUGCCAUUUCAUUUGUAUGGCGCGCACUCAAGAUUAGAAAGAGAGAGGCAGUCAGCUACUACGAUAAGGUUGGACCAAGUGCUUUAUGCGUGUUUAUGUUGAUAGCGGUGAUGGUCAACUUUUUGCUUCGAUUCACUGCAGAUUAA